AUGGAGAGUUUGAAAAGUGAUGGCUGCUGCGUGGACCAGGGUGGAGACUUGGAUCACCUUUGGGAAGGGAACGCAGAGUGUCAUGGCAAUGCUCCUAGUAGGUCAGAGGGACCUAGUAAAGUGUGCCGAAGAGUGGUUUUCCUGCUCAACACGUGGUCGGGGUUGCUGGGCAUUGUGAACACAGGUGAAGGAGAGAGGCAGUGAUCUGGCAGAUACACGGACAAGCCUUCCGUGGGAUGAUGGGACAAGUGAUAGCUGAGGACAUGGGGGUUGUUUGUUUGUUUGUUUGUUUAAGUAGGCUCCAUUCCCAGUGUGGAGCCCAACACGAGUCUUGAACUCAGGACUAUGAGAUGGAGACCUGUGUUGAGAUGAAGAGUUAGAUGCUGAACCCAUUUAGCCACCCAGGUGGCCAAUCCUGCGAGUAUUUGAGAGGCUGGAGCUGCUCUCUCUUCAGUGUUCUAGGACUUCACCAGAAUUUUGUGUGUGGUGUGACCUUUGAGGACGUGGCCGUGUACUUCUCCUGGAAGGAGUGGAGGCUUCUUGAUGAGGCUCAGAGACGGCUGUACCACCAUGUGAUGCUGGAGAACUUUGCACUUGUGUCGUCACUGGGUUGCUGCUGUGGAGCAGAGGAUGAGGAGGCCCCCUUUGCACAGAGCGCUUCUGUAGGCGUGUCCCAGACCGGGACGCCCAGGGCCGCUCCGUCUUCCCGGAAGACCCACCCCUGUGAGAUGUGUGGUCCCGUCUUGAGAGACAUUUUCCACUUGGCUGAGCUCCAGGGGAAAGAAAACGGCCAGAAACGGUUGAGGUGUGGGGCCUGCGGGAAACGAUUUUCUUUCGGUGUGAAGUUGGAGCAGCAGCAGCAGCAGCAGGAGCAGCCCGCGGGAGCAAAACCAUUCAGAAGCCGUGUGGGCAGGGCCUCUGCUGUCAAGAGCUGGGGAUCCGGUGGUUCGGGAAAGCCCUUUACCUGUGGAGAGGUUGAGAAGGGCUUGCUGUCUGGCUCGGGGCAUCUGGGGCAAGAGGCCACUCGUACUGGGGAGAAGCCACACACGAUCCCCCAGUGUAGGACAGUGUUACAACGCGGAAGCAGUCAUGGCACUUGGGGCGGAUGCAAGAACGCCUUUGGUCCCAAACACACGGAUACUCGGGAGCAGGGUAUCCACCUUGGUAGAGAGUCCUUUGUGUGCAGUGAAUGUGGGAAAACAUUCAGGUACAAAUCCUUAUUUGCCAUACACCAGAGAUACCAUACUGGAGCACGACAUCAUGAGUUUGGUCCAUGUGGAAAAUCCCUUGGGCAACAACCAACCCUGAAUGAACAUGGGAAGACUCAGGGUGGGUCCAGGCAGUACAUGUGCAGCAAAUGUGGGAAAUCCUUAGGUGGCAAAUCUGUCCCCCUUCAUAUCCAGAGAUGGCACAGUGGAGGAAUGAGUUAUGUUUGUAGCGAGUGUGCAGAAUCCCUUAGUGGGAGCUCAUUGUCGAUUAGUCAUAGGGUUCAGUCUGGAGAACGGUUAUAUAAGUGUCGUUGCUGUGCAAAAUCUUUUCCGUCUAUGUCUGCGCUCUCAUAUCAUCAGAGAUCUCACACGGGGGAAAGACAGUAUGAGUGCAGUCAUUGUGGGAAAUGUUUUACCAGUAGUUCGGUCCUCCAUUACCACCAGAGACUUCACAUUGGAGAAAGGCCUUGUGAGUGCGGUGAACGUGGCCAGUCCUUUCUCCAAAGAAAUAGCCUCAGUAUACACAUAAAUGUUCAUUCAGGUGAAAGGCCUUUCAAAUGUAAUGAAUGUGGGAAAUCGUUGAAGUGUAAGUCAGCAUUCAUUAAACACCAGAGAAUUCACACAGGAGAAAGGCCUUAUGAGUGCAGUGAAUGUGGCAAGUCCUUUCUACGAAGAAAUACUCUGAAUGUACACAUAAAGGUUCAUUCAGGGGAAAGACCUUAUAAUUGUAAUGAAUGUGGGAAAUCAUUUAAAUUUAAGUCAACCUUCAUUAAACACCGGAGUAUUCACACAGGAGAAAGGCCUUAUGCUUGCAGUGAAUGUGGGAAAUCUUUUAUCUCUAGGACUGACCUACGGUAUCAUCAGAGAAUUCACACAGGAGAGAGACCUUAUCAGUGCACAGAAUGUGGCAAGUCCUUUGUCCGAAGAAAUAUCCUCAAAGUACACAGAAAGGUUCACUCAGGUGAAAGGCCUUAUAAGUGUAAUGAAUGUGGGAAAUCUUUGAAGUGUAAGUCAUCAUUGAUUAAACACCAGAGAAUUCACACAGGAGAGAGGCCUUAUGAGUGCAGUGAAUGCGGGAAAUCUUUCAUCACUAGUUCUGUGCUUCAUUCUCACCAGAGAGUUCACACUGGAGAAAGGCCUUAUGAAUGCAGUGACUGUGGGAAAACUUUUACCACUAGUUCUGUCCUCCGUGAUCACCAGAGACUUCAUACUGGAGAAAGGCCUUAUGAGUGCAGUGAAUGUGGAAAAACUUUUACCACAAGUUCUGCCCUUCAUUAUCACCACAGAGUCCACACUGGAGAAAGACCUUAUAAGUGCACUGAAUGUGGCAAGACCUUUGUCCGAAGAAAUAGCCUGAGUGUGCACCUAAAAGUUCACUCAGGUGAAAAGCCUUAUAAGUGUAAUGAAUGUGGGAAAUCAUUGAAGUGUAAGUCAACAUUCAUUCAACACCAGAGAAUUCACACAGGAGAAAGGCCUUAUGAGUGCAGUGAAUGUGGGAAAUCUUUUUCAGCUACUUCUGUCCUUCGUUCUCACCAGAGAAUACACACAGGAGAAAGGCCUUAUGAGUGCAGUGAAUGUGAAAAAUCUUUUACCUCUAGUUCUGCCCUCCGUUCUCACCAAAGAGUGCACACUGGAGAAAGGCCCUAUGAGUGCCAUGAGUGUGGCAAGUUCUUUCUCCACAGAAAUAGCCUCAAUGUUCACAUCAAGGUUCACUCAGGUGAAAGACCCUAUAAAUGUAAUGAAUGUGGGAAAUCUUUGAACUAUAAGUCAACGUUCAUUCAACACCAGAGAAUUCACACGGGAGAAAAACCUUAUCUGUGCAGUGAAUGUGGGAAAUCUUUUAGUCAUAGCUGUGCCCUCCGGUAUCAUCGUCAGAGUCACCUUGGAAUAAGUCCCUAUGAUUGUAGUGAAUGUGGGAAAUCUUUUACCUCUAGUUCUGUCCUCCGUGAUCACCAGAGACUUCACACUGGAGAAAGGCCUUAUGAGUGCAGUCAGUGUGGGAAAUCUUUCACUGCUCGUUCUGUCCUCCGUUCUCACCAGAGAGUUCACUCUCGGGAAAGGCCUUAUGAGUGCAGUGAAUGUGGCAAGUCCUUUGUCAGAAGAAAUAGCCUCAAUGUACACAUAAGAGUUCACUCAGGUGAAAAACCUUAUAAGUGUAGUGAAUGUGGGAAAUCUUGGAAGUGUAAGUCGACAUUCAUAAAACACCAGAGAAUUCAUAUAGGAGAAAAGUCUUUUGCUUGCAGCGAAUGUGGGAAAUCUUUUAUGAGUCAUGGUGCUCUUAGUCAUCAUCACAGAGUUCACAGUAGCAACAGGCCUUAGGGGUGCUGGUGUUGUGGGGAAUCUUUUUGUUAAAUCUUUAGUCUCCUUCAACCCGAGGAAGUACACAAGAAAUAGAGUCCUUAUGGGCAAUAUUAUGAACUGAAUGUUUAUGUUCACAAAAACUGGUGUGUUCAACCCCUAUCCUCUAAUGCACUAGGUUUAGCAUGUGAUGUCUUGGGAGAUAAUUCAAAGAUAACGUUUCAUGAAAAUCUGAAUUAGCCCUGAAGCAAGGCUUCAUUGAGUAGGUGGAUGACACAAUUCCUUUAGCCGGUUAUCUGUAUUCAUUCCACACUUGAGAUUUCACACUGCAGAAAGAGUUAAAAAUAGCAUAAAAGGUAAC